CUCAUAUUUCAGCUGCUGUAAGGAAAGCAGAGACCCUCAGGAGUUACUCACACUGACACAGUAACUCCAGUAAGUCCAGAUCUUUUACUCUGUAUUGUUCUGGAAUCAGAGACCAGAAUUUAUUGAUCAGUGAUGGCCAAGUGGGGCGAAGGAGAUCCUCGGUGGAUCGUUGAGGAGAGAGCUGAUGCCACCAACGUCAACAAUUGGCACUGGACUGAGCGGGAUGUCUCCGCUUGGUCCUCGGAGCGCCUCCGUCAGCUUCUGCUCGCCAUCCGGGUGGAGGGACCAGAGGGAGUCUGUGAGGUGACAGAUGUCAGCAAGCUGGAUGGAGAAGCUUCCAUCAACAACCGCAAAGGAAAACUCUUCUUCUUCUAUGAGUUUCAGCUGAGGGCCAACUGGUUAGGUACGUCCUGCAGUGGAGUGAAGUACAGAGGGACCAUUGAUGUCCCCAACCUGUCCGAUGAGAACGAUGAAGAUGACCUGGAUAUCUCAGUGUCUCUGUGUAAGGACCAACCUAGCACCCCACUCUUGGACCUGAUGAAGAGGUCUGGGAUCAAGGAGGUCCGUAUGGUUCUGGGCCAGUAUGUCCAUGACCUUAAAUCAGAUUUCAGUCAGGGGAUGAUCCUUCCCACUGCUGAUGGACAGAAACCAUCCACGCCUGUGGUGACCAAGAAGAAGCAGGUUAAAACCAGUAAAAUCCAGAUUACCUCUGAAGCAAAGUCCUCAUCCAGCCCAGUUCCUUGUCCCACAGGUUCUCGCAUCCAGACCUGUUGCUUUAGCCUGAAGGAAACGUUCCUGACCUCUGCUGAUGAACUCUACAGGACCUUCAUCAACCAGGAGUUUGUGCAGGUGUUUACCCGGUCAGCUGCAACCGUUGACGGCCGACGAGGAGGAAUAUUCCAGCUUCUAGAUGGCAGCGUCAGUGGAGAGUUCUCAAAGCUGGUACCAGACCAGAGGAUUGAGAUGAGGUGGCGCUUCAGGACAUGGCCCAAUGAUCACUACGCUACCAUCAGUCUAGAGCUGGUAGAUCGAGGAGAUGCGACAGAGCUGAAGUUAGAGUGUCGAGGAGUUCCUGCAGGAGAGGAGGAGACCACCAGGGAGGGCUGGAAUCGCUUUUAUUUCCAGGCCAUUAAACAAACGUUUGGAUACUGAGGGAGAUCCUGAACCCAGAGGAACAUCUGAACUAGUCUUUAAAGACUUAAAAUUCAACCCAAGGUGUUACUGUUUCUGUUGUUAUUCUGUGGAAGAAGACAUGCUGUUCUAAAGGAACAUGAGUGCUUUUAUAAAAUCUCCUGUCGCUCAUUUCUGUCCAAGGUGGGUCCAGAACGUGGGUACCCUUGAUGGGCAACUUCUGCUGAAAGCCACAAUGAAGAACUUAAGAGAAACCUCGUUGUUCCAUUGUAGUCUGACUUUUCACUGUUUGUUUUGCACUAAUGGAGCUUUUCUAUUUAGGACACACAGCAUAGAGCCUGUUUUGCGUACUAGUGCAUUUCUUUUCACCGACAACUGCAAGAAAAUGUUAAGAAACACAGCUGGGUCGUGGGAAGCAUAGACUGCGUCCUCCUAACCACCACCACCAACCCCACCCCUCCGACACCCCCUGCUAAUUCACGUUUUGUGUGUUUCAACCAAUGACAUCACACAAGGCAGCAAGAAUCGCCUGCAGAGCAAAGCUUCAACUAGUUUUCUGUCGGUGUCUUCAGGUGGCUUUGUGGUAAAAACUAUAGGGUGUGCUUUUCACACACUGUGGUGUUAAUUCUGAAGCAUUUUCAACUCGUCUGUCUAAUUUGUUUCCCUCAUAGGAACAAAAUGUUUAUACAGAAGAAAACGUAAAGAUCAGACAGAGUCGGAGUCUGAGUUGCAGAUGGUUUAACCUCAGAGUUUAACUCUGAUGGUCCUCCAGCCAUGACGGAUUCUGCUGUGGGUGGCGAAGCCGAAGCAAACGAUAACAAGGACAAUGUUUAACAUUUUCGACUGAUGUUAAUCUGUUUAGUUAUUCUAUCUGAUUAGGUUUUGCACAUGCUCAUAACUUGUUUCAUGACAUGCCAGUACAGUUGCAGUGCUGGUGGUUUAUGAAUCCCUUUAAAUCCAAUGCAGAACUCUGUAACUUCAAACAACUAAAUCCUUGUAAACUCAAAACUCAUACUAGUAUAGUUUACCCCAGAAAUGUGUCUCUUUAUGUCUGCAAAGCAGUGGGUUUUGUUCUGGUGUGGAGAUGACUGGAGUGAUGACAGUGGAGUAUUGACAACAGGGCGGGUUGGUCUUGGUGGUGGUGACUGAGGCUGCAGAGAUAAAUGUUCAUUCACACCAACCUUCUCAACAGAAUGCAUCGUUGAGGCCAUACAGGUUUAUAACAACUUGCCUAAAGAUGAUCACCGAGAACCCAGUUUCUACAGCAGUUCUGCGUGAACCACUUCUUUCUGCUUAUUUUUCAGCUUGCAUUUAGGUUUUAUGGGUCCUGAAGCUGAAAUUCUAUGGGGCGCCUUUCAUUUGGGCAUAGCUUGAUCAGUUUGUGUUGUGCAUUUAAUUUAACUUAUUUUUCAGUUAACUGGUGACCCAAAAAUGAAUUAAAUUGACUCUAUGACAACAAUAUGAAGGUGGAUCAAAGCAGACCUUCUUCUUGUUAACAAUUAUUGUAACAGCCUGCCAUGAAGAAAAUGAAAUGGUUACAUUUUGAAACAAAAUAGACAUUAUUUAAAUGCCACAGUGAACAAUUUAACAGUUACUCGGAUAUUUACAAAACUUUUUCUUUUUACAACUUUUGUUGAAUAAUGGAGUUUUUUGUCCAGAUGAUAGCAACAUCCUUCAGCUGAGGAGGGAUUUUCAUUGGUCAGUUUUCCUGCCCUGAGGUACUGUUGGACCCUUCAAUUCAUUUAGUCAGUGAAACAAGUUAAUGCUGCUUUCUGGACAGAGAUCUUCUCUGAUCUUUUUCUUGAUGUAUCUCACUUAUUUAUGAACUGGGCUUCUGCAGGAUCUAGAAUAAAACAGCACAACAAAGAAAAACUAAGUACAUCCCACAAAAAACAGGAAAUGCACAAAUAAAAGCUAUGUACAUAAAGAAUAUAUAGAUAGUGGUUGCACUAUAUUUACAUAUUUGUAAGAAUAAGAAACGUCUUGCUUCAUUUUUCUCAUCUGGAACAUGAUUGUCAUCAUCAGUGCCUCUUUGAGCCGCCUCCCCCACUCCUCCUCCUCAGUUUCUCCUUCCUCAUCCUCCCUCUGGCUCUUUGCUGAUUCUUGUGCUGAACUCCAACAAUUCUGCAAAGUCUUCAGCUCUACUUUCACUAAACUAAGCAUUUUUUCUUUAAGUACCUGCAAAAACUAUUUUUAUAUCCUAAUAUUUUUAUCCUGUUUUUAUACAGGUCCCUAACAAAGUAUUUACACCCCUUUAAUUGUUGAUUGCAGGAUUGUUCCUGUGUUAGCGUCUUUGACCCUGCUGCUGAAUUGCAUCCCUGCAGCGUGAUACUGGUGCUGUUCUCAGGGUGAUGUGAGUUAAUAUUUGCUUUGCAUUUUAUUUGUAAAUGAAAAAGUUCAGUUUUGGUCACCUCUAAUUAGAUCAUCUUCUUCCACGUGUUGCUGUUUCUCCUACAUGGUUUGUAACAAACAGCACCGCUUCAGGCUUUCUUCCUGCCACUCCUCCAUAAAGGUCAAAUUAGUAAAGUUCAUAACUAAUAGCUAUCCUAUAGACUGAUUGUCCCACCUGAGCCGUGGUUUUCUGCAGCUCCUCUAGCUUCUCUGAUUAAUUCUCUCCUUGCACUUUUUUCUGACUCUUCAUCUUCUUUGGCCUUUAGCACCUCAUCAUUAUUAUUAUUUAUUAAUGACACAGAAGUGUUUUGUAUUAUACUGACUAUCUCAUACAGUCAUGUACAGAGAUUCUCUUCUCACCUUUGAACUUCUCUCUGGUUCUCAUGUUUCCCUCUCCUCAUAUCUCCUCAGUGUUUCAUCAACGAUCUGGACACCUUCACACCAACACAACACAUGCAUGUUCAACACUCACAACUCUUCAAUGAAGACACGUUGAAAUCUGAACCAGUUUAUUUAAAUGAAAGAUCCGAUCGGCAAAGGUUGCCUUAAAACACGUUUCACAAUGAGCAAUGAUUAAUAUUCUGACAUAAAGAUCACAGCUCCAUGGAGAACUUUAUCUUUCUGUUUAAAUCUCUGUGGUAACCAGUGUUUUCAUUUAAAGUGCUAUUUAAGGCUUUUAUAACACUACAUCCAGUCAUCCUUAAUAAACUAGAAUCUGGUAUUUUGAACCUUUUAUUGCUUAUUUAUUUACUUUUUGUACCUAUGAAUUUACUUGUUUUUAUUGUAGCUAUAGAUCUGCUGUCUUGCCAGGUCCCUGUUAAUAAAGGGAUUUUAGUCUCUGUGAGUUUUUGAACCAAGUUAAAUAAAGGUUAAAUACCACUAGCACUGUUGCCUUGCAGCAAGACGGUCCCAGGUUCUAAUCCCAGCCUGGGGUCUUUCUGCACGGAGUUUGCAUGUUCUCCUCAUGCAUGCGUGGGGUUCUCUCCAGGUACUCCGGCUUCCUCCCAGUCGAAAAUCAUGAUUGGUAGGUGAAUUGGUCUCUAAAUUGACCUUGUGCGUGGUUGUUUGUCCCGUGUUGCCCUGCGAUGGACUGGCGACCUGUCCAGGGUGGACCCCAGCUCUCAUUCAGUGACCGAUGGAGACAGGAGCCAUUCAGUUAGAUCAGGCGGUAAUUUGUUGCUUGUAGUUUGUACGUAGUUAGCAUGAGCGUUUAACAGCAGCGUUUCAGUGAGUCCAUCAGCUUCCUGUUUGCUGCAGAGCAGACUCUGAGAUUUUAUGGUUUUAAACGACUCGUCUAAACAUUUAUAGACAAACUUUGCAGUAUCAUAAGUUUUUAGCAAGAAUGCUGUGGUCAACAAAUCUGAGGCUCCUAGAAGUUUAAUAUUCCAGCAGGUGAUCAUGUCUGUUUAGAUGUUAGUCCUCAUUGAGCUGCAGCAGAGCUGCUCUGACAGCAACACAGUUUCAGGACACACCAACAUCAUCCUUCUCCACAGAGCUUAGGCCCACCAAGAGCUUUCCUAGUUGUGCUUCUCUGUGGUUUUCUGGAUCAUCUACCUGCUUUUUGCUCCCUAUUGUUGUGCAGCACUUCUGUUUUAUUGUUUUCAUUAUUUUAAAUGUGCUUCAAAGUUACUGAACUCAUGAACAAAUGUUUUGCCCAUUAAACGUUUUACAUCA